UUUCACUCUAGCUGCUGCAAAGAGAACCAGAGCUUCCAACCAUAUGAGAAUCAAGUCACUUCAGACCUUCGGCAUCAUGGAGCCUCUUCUGUCUCACAAUCAAGUAGAUAUCUUGGUCUUAAAACAUCUCACCCCUCUGCAACACGUAAAGCCAAUUUAUCCAGAGGAAGAAAAUGCUUAUGGAUUUCAUCAAGUUCAUCUUUUCCUGAAAAAAGAUGUUCUUUAUCCUUUAAAUUUCGAAAAAGCAAUACUUCCAUUUACCGGCAACAAAGUAGAGCAAACUUUGAUUCUCAAGAAGACCUAAGCAACGCUGAUGUAAAAUCUUCCUCAGACCAUUUUGAUGUAUUUAGACCCCACAGACGUUUCUCUUCCUGUAAACUAAGUAUCGUUUCCUGUUACAAGACUGCCAUUUGUUUUGAUCCUCAAUCAGAUAGUCAGAACAUGUUUAAUAUGAAUGAAAUUGAGCUCUUUUCUAGAAACCAAAGCAAUACUGAUGCUGACAAACAUAUAAGCCUCUCUGCUCCCAAAUAUACCACUAAACAUUUUAAGAAUUUUGAAACAAGAGCCCCUUCUCCAGCCCAUGCACAGAACGCUAUUGAUGGAAUCUCUAAUCAACAAAACACAGCGCCCUUCUUUUCUCUUGCAACUGUUGUUGCCUCUCCCCAUCAAGAAAAUGGAAUUGCCACUGAUAUUCAACAAAGAGGCCAAAUAAAUAAAGAUGUGAAAGAUUCCCUUUGUUGUGGUUCUCAAAGUCACAGCACAAAGUAUUCUCCAGCUAUGGUUCAACAGCAUCCCUGUCAACAUGUAGCUUCUCCUGUCCUCCAUGGUGCUGCAUUUUCUUCAUCUCCCAAAAAGGCUGGUAGCUUUAGCCAAAAUGAAGUUACCUCAGGCUGGUUUGAAGAUGAAAACUUGUCUCAGAAUGAAGACAUAUCUUCACCUGUUGAAAUUCCUUUAAAAAGGUCAUCUCAGACUUUACCACUCUUGCAGAAGGGCAGCUCAAAUCAGACAUUUUCCCACCAGUCACCUCCAUAGUCUGUAGAAAUCACUGCUCACUUCUCACACAACUCCCCUGUCCUCACUAAGCUUCACUGCAUUUUCUGAAAAAGAUUCCUAUAUUACCAUAUAAA